CAGCCGGUCAGGAAACGCACUUUUGCGGGGCGAAAACUCACAUUCCUGCGUGCAAACGCUGUGAUUUUGGUGCUGCGUGCACUUCCCUCCACGUUUAAGGGCGCAGUGUCUCUUUAAAAAUCCAAAAAAAAAGAAAAGCUCCCAUAUGAUCCACGAGCUCCAAUCAAAGCAAUUCCUCCUGCAAAAAAAAAAAAAAAAAAAAAGAGAGAACCCGAGCUGAGCAUUUGCGUGUGCUUGUGUGCUCCAGCAGCAGAUCCGUCCUGCCGAGCACAAUGUGAAACAUCUGCGCUGGAGGUGUUGAUGGCGCAGCGGACACCGGGGACACCGGCGCUGGAGCAGCGAGUGCGGGACUCCUUGCAGCCUCUGGCCGCCACCGGACCAAAAUGCUGAUCGUGGAGAAGACCACGGACUUCCCGUGCGCCGAGUUCUCGGUGGUGGAGGACGUGGCGCUCCACUUCACCUGUUUGAUGGACCGACUCAACGAGCAGCGCCUCUUCCAGCCCGACCUGUGCGACGUGGACAUCGUCCUGGCGGGCCAGCGCAGCACCUUCCCCGCCCACAAGGGGGUGCUGGCGGCCUACAGCCCUUUCUUCCACGCGCUGUUCGCCCGGAGCAAGCAGCUGCGCCGCGUGGACCUGUCGCCGGACGCGCUGACGCCGCACGGCCUGCAGCAGGUGCUCAACUUCAUCUACACGUCCAAGCUGCUGGUCAGCAGCCGCACCGUCGGCGACGUGCUCAACGCCGCCACCUUGCUGCAGAUGAGCGACAUCGCCGCCUCCUGCAGGGACCUCAUCAGCAGCCGCUCGCUCAGAGUCGACGCGGCCACCGACGCGCCGCCCGGACCCUUCUACCGGGACGUGAAGCGGGAGCCCGGCCUGGGCGAGGUCUUCUCCCUUCCCGUCGGCGUGGAGGAGGCGGCCGACGACGGAGUGGGCGGGGCCAGGGGGGAGGAGUCAAAGACGACGGCCUUCAACAGAGAUCGGAUUAUCGUGGAAGUCAACCUCAACAACCAGACGCUCAACGUGUCCAAGGGGCCGGAGGGCGGCACGGAGACCCUCCUGUGCGGUUGCCGUGGCGACAGGGGAGCGCCGGAGCACCCGAAGGAGGGCCAGGUGUCGGGGCGGGACACGGAAGACGAGGACAUGACGGCGCCACCUGGGCGGGGGGAGGCGGAAGGGGCGGGUCCCAAGGUGAGGCUGGAGGAGCAGCAGGAGUGUCCCGCUGUCCUCAACAAGCGCUGCUGCCUGGAGGACGUCACGCACACACGCCUGCACACCUGCACGCUCUGUGGCAGCAACUUCCUGCUGGAGGCCGACUUGAUGAUGCACCUGCAGACACGCUGUGACAUCCAGUGUGCGGCGUGCAACAAGGCCUUCAAGAAGCUGUGGUCGCUGCAGGAACAUAACAAGGUGGUGCACGGCUGCGCCGAGAAGAAGUUCUCCUGCCAGGUGUGCGACAAGAAGUUCUACACCAUGGCGCACGUCAGGAAGCACAUGGUCGCGCACACCAAGGACAUGCCCUUCACCUGCGACACCUGCGGCAAGUCCUUCAAACGCAGCAUGUCCCUGAAGGUCCACUCCCUGCAGCACUCCGGGGAGAAACCCUUCCAGUGUGAGAACUGCAGCGAGCGCUUCCAGUACAAGUACCAGCUGCGCUCGCACAUGAGCGUCCACGUGGGACACAAGCAGUUCAUGUGUCCGUGGUGCGGCAAGGACUUCAACAUGAAGCAGUACUUUGACGAGCACAUGAAGACGCACACGGGAGAGAAACCGUACAUCUGCGAGAUCUGCGGCAAGAGCUUCACCAGCCGCCCCAACAUGAAACGCCACCGCCGCACGCACACGGGCGAGAAGCCGUACCCGUGCGAGGUGUGCGGCCAACGCUUCCGCUUCUCCAACAUGCUGAAGGCGCACCGAGAGAAGUGCUUCCAGCUCAGCCAGCCCGCCGACGACUCCUGCGCCCGCCUUCCCCCGACGCCGUCCGCCGGCCCCUGCGCUCCGAGCCCUCUGCUGGCCUCCGCGGGAAGUUCGCCUCCUUCCACUCAGCCGCCGCCCUUCUCUGCCGGUAGGCUGAACUGCGACGACUAAUUCCUCACACUGCCACCAGGUGGACGCAACCGUAACUCCUUUUUUUUACGAGACGACGUUGUGCUUUCAAUUUGGCGCCGCAGCUUCCUCGCCGUGCACUGACUGGAGCUCCCGAGGUUCCGUUACACCUGUCCACUCCGCAAUAAUAACCAAAAAGCUGACGUGUGUUUGAGCUUCUAUGUUACUCCACAUCGCUAACAACCAAAUCUUUCAACGUUUAUAAUCCGCCCAGCACCUAUUGUUUAUCUCCAAAGUUUUGAGAACUCUUGUCAAAGACUUUGUCCUGACUCAGCAGCGCCUCUGCUGGUGGCAGUCAUGCGCUGCACUCCAUUUUGUUACCAUUUGGUCAAAAAUAUCAACAAUCAAUUCAUGGAUUGUUAUUAUUAUAUAAAUGUAUGUACCCCAUAGUAAUACACUUGUAUUACACUCUGUUGUAAUACACUUCUUCACCACUUGUGGCAGUAAUGACAAUGUCUAACAAAACAGAAGAAGUCAAGCAGACGUUUCGUAAGCGCAAAAAAGUAUGACUAAAAUGGCGAACAUUUUUUAUUGUUUAAUUUUCCCCAGAUCAUUUUAUUGACAGUUUAUUUAGGAAACUAUUAUAAAAUGUAUUAAUUGGAAUGUAAUUUAUUUCUUUUAGCGUUGUAUGUACAAACACCGUUUCCAUAUGAGUUGGGAAAUUGUGUUAGAUGUAAAUAUAAACGGAAUACAAUGAUUUGCAAAUCAUUUUCAACCCAUAUUCAGUUGAAUGCACUACAAAAACAAAAUAUUUGAUGUUCAAACUUAUAAACUUUAGUUGGUUUUUUUUGCAAAUGAUAAUAACUUAGAAUUGCAUGGCUGCAACACGUGCCAAAGUAGUUGGGAAAGGGCAUGUUCACCACUGUGUUACAUCACCUUUUCUUUUAGCAACACUCAAUAAACGUUUGGAAACUGAGGAAACUAAUUGUUGAAACUUUGAAAGUGGAAUUCUUUCCCAUUCUUGUUUUAUGUAGAGCUUCAGUCGUUCAACAGUCCGGGAUCUCCGCUGUCGUAUUUUACGCUUCAUAAUGCGUCACACAUUUUCCAUGGGAGACCGAUUUGGACUGCAGGCGGGCAAGGAAAGUACCCGCAAUCUUUUUUUUUACGAAGCCACGCUGUUGUAACACGUGCUGAAUGUGGCUUGGCAUUGUCUUGCUAAAAUAAGCAGGGGCGUCCAUGAAAAAGACGGCGCUUAAAUGGCAGUUCCAAAACCUGUAUGUACCUUUCAGCAUUAAUGGUGCCUUCACAUAAGUGUAAGUUACCCAUGCCUUGGGCACUAAUGCACCCCCAUACCAUCACACAUGCUGGCUUUUCAACUUUGCGUCGAUAACAGUCUGGAUGGUUCGCUUCCCCUUUGGUCCGGAUAACACGAUGUCGAAUAUUUCCAAAAACAAUUUGAAAUGUGGACUCGUCAGACCACAGAACACUUUUCCACUUUGCAUCAGUCCAUCUUAGAUAAUCUCAGCCCAGAGAAGCCGGCGGCGUUUCUGGAUGUUGUUGAUAAAUGGCUUUUGCUUUGCAUAGUGGAGCUUUAACCUGCACUUACAGAUGUAGCAACGAAGUGUAUUUAGUGAUAGUGGUUUUCUGAAGUGUUCCUGAGCCCAUGUGGUGAUAUCCUUUAGAGAUUGAUGUCGGUUUUUGAUACAGUGCCGUCCGAGGGAUCGAAGGUCACUGUCAUUCAAUGUUGGUUUCCGGCCAUGCCGCUUACGUGGAGUGAUUUCUCCAGAUUCUCUGAACCUUUUGAUGAUAUUAUGGAGCGUAGAUGUUGAAAUCCCUAAAUUUCUUGCAAUUGCACUUUGAGAAACGUUGUUCUUAAACUGUUUGACUAUUUGCUCACGCAGUUGUGGACAAAGGGGUGUACCUCGCCCCAUCCCUUCUUGUCAAAGACUUGAGCAUUUUUUGGGAAGCUGAUUUUAUACCCAAUCAUGGCACCCACCUGUUCCCAAUUAGCCUGCACACCUGUGGGAUGUUCCAAAUAAGUGUUUGAUGAGCAUUCCUCAACUUUAUCAGUAUUCAUUGCCACCUUUCCCAACUUCUUUGUCACGUGUUGCUGGCAUCAAAUUCUAAAGUUAAUGAUUAUUUGCACAAAAAAAAAAAUGUUUAUCAGUUUGAACAUCAAAUAUCAAUCAAUCAAUCAAUCAAUCAAUCAAUGUUUAUUUAUAUAGCCCCAAAUCACAAAUGUCUCAAAGGACUGCACAAAUCAUUACGACUACAACAUCCUCGGAAGAACCCACAAAAGGGCAAGGAAAACACACACCCAGUGGGCAGGGAGAAUUCACAUCCAGUGGGACGCCAGUGACAAUGCUGACUAUGAGAAACCUUGGAGAGGACCUCAGAUGUGGGCAACCCCCCCCCCUCUAGGGGACUGAAAGUAAUGGAUGUCGAGCGGGUCUAACAUGAUACUGUGAAAGUUCAAUCCAUAGUGGCUCCAACACAGCCGCGACAGUUCAGUUCAAAGCGGAUCCAAGACAGCAGCGAGAGUCCCGUCCACAGGGAACCAUCCCAAGCGGAGGCGGAUCAGCAGCGUAGAGAUGUCCCCAACCGAUACACAGGCGAGCGGUCCAUCCUGGGUCUCGACUCUGGACAGCCAGUACUUCAUCCAUGGUCAUCGGACCGGACCCCCUCCACAAGGGAGGGGGGGACAGAGGAGAAAAAAGAAAAGAAGCGGCAGAUCAACUGGUCUAAAAAGGAGAUCUAUUUAAAGGCUAGAGUAUACAGAUGAGUUUUAAGGUGAGACUUAAAUGCUUCUACUGAGGUAGCAUCUCGAACUGUUACCGGGAGGGCAUUCCAGAGUACUGGAGCCCGAACGGAAAACGCUCUAUAGCCCGCAGACUUUUUUUGGGCUCUAGGAAUCACUAACAAGCCGGAGUCUUUUGAACGCAGAUUUCUUGCCGGGACAUAUGGUACAAUACAAUCGGCAAGAUAGGAUGUUGUUUUUGUAGCAUAUUCAACUGAAUAUGGGUUGAAAAUGAUUUGCAAAUCAUUGUAUUCUGUUUAUAUUUACAUCGAACACAAUUUCCCAACUCAUAUGGAAACGGGGUUUGUACAUUUAUUUUUUCCUAGUCCAUUCUUUUACAGACCUAAUUCAGUGUUAAUACGGGCUUGGGCCCCCUUGUAGUGGAAACGUUAGGCACCAAUGUCAAAGUUAAAUAACCUCUGUACUAACCUAUAUGUCUACAUACUAGUAUGUGCAAAAAAUACUUUCUAAAUAUCGAAACUAAAAGGUCCUUCCAUGAGGAUGCUAACUGCUAGUUAGCUUAGCGCUCUCACUUUGGAAAUAUCUGACCUAGCACAACGGAACUAAGAUGUCAUUUUUAUUGUCAUCAUGAUUAAUUACAUGCUAACAUCGGCCAUUUUUAAACAUUUUGGAACCACAUGUUGGAGCUAACAAGCUAGCAUUGUAUUCAUAGCGACCACUGGCUAGCACGCUAAGCGAGACAAAAUAACACGGGUCGAAAUUGAACUUUAAAGAACGAACUUCAAAGAGGAAAAUAUGUAAUUUCACACCUAUAAUUAUUUGCUAUGGUAAGCUAACUAGCGACUAGCAUAGGUUGGUUUAUCUCAAACUCCCUGUGAGAAAGUGACAUCUUUCUAACAUCCGCACUAUUAACACGUUUUAGCUUAGCUUAGCGAUGUGUAGAAAUAAACUGUUAAUAUGAUUUCUUCUCAUAAGUAAUGAUGCAGUUUAAUUACUCUAAAGCCUCUUUGUCACCUGUUAGCUGGUACAACCCAAAGUUGGACUCUAGCGUUGGUCAAUGUAAAAACAUUUAUAUAUUUUUUUUCCAAGACAAUUGCACUUUGGUGAAUUUUUAGCUUUCAUCUUUAAAGGGGAACAUUAUCACAAUUUCAAAAGGGUUAAAAACAAUAAAAAUUAGUUCCCAGUGGCUUGUUGUAUUUUUUGAUUUUUUUUUCCAAAUUUUACCGGUCUCGGAACAUCCCUAAAUAAAGCUUUAAAGUGCCUUAUUUUCGCUCUCUGCGAAGACACUGGCCAUUUCCCUGUGACGUCAUACAGUGCUGCCAAUACAAACAACAUGGCGGUUACCACAGCAAGAUAUAGCGACAUUAGCUCGGAUUCAAACCCGGAUUUCAGCGCCUUAAGCGAUUCAACAGAUUACGCAUGUAUUGAAACAGAUGGUUGGAGUAUGAAAGUAUUGAAGAAGAAACUGAAGCUAUUGACGCUAUUCAUAGCCAUAGCAUGGCCGAAUAGCUGCGUUAGCAUCGCCGGUAAAAUGUGCGGACCAAACGAUCAGGACUUUCGCAUCUUGUCGAUUGGUAAGUGUUUGUUUCGCAUUAAAUGUGGGUGGAAGGAAAUGUAAUAUAGUUGCAAAUGCAUCUGCAGGUUAUCCAUACAUCUCUGUGCCAUGUCUGCUUUAGCACCGCCGGUAAUUAGCAUGUUAGCAUCGAUUAGCUGGCCGUCAACAUCAACAAAACUCACCUUUGUGAUUUCGUUGACUAUCGUUGCAAAUGCAUUUGCAGGUUAUCCAUACAUCUCUGUGCCAUGUCUGCUUUAGCACCGCCGGUAAAUAGCAUGUUAGCGUCGAUUAGUGUAGCAUGAUAGCAGCGAUUAGCUGGCAGUCACGCCGCGACCAAAUAUGUCUGAUUGGCACAUAAGUCAACAUCAACAAAACUCACCUUUGUGAUUUAAUUGACUUUAUCAUUGCAAAUGCAUCUGCAGGUUAUCCAUACAUCUCUGUGCCAUGUCUGUCAUCGCCGAUAAAAUGUGGAGACACUCCGGCACAUUCAAUGGGGGUCUGGCGGCAGACACUUUGGCAUCUUCGGGCCAGCGGUGCAACUUGAAUCCCUCCCUGUUAGUGUUGUUACACCCUCCGACAACACACCGUCGAGGCAUGAUGUCUCCAAGGUUCCAAAAAAUAGUCGAAAAAACGGAAAAUAACAGAGCUGAGACCCGGUGUUUGUAAUAUGUUGAAAAUGAAAAUGGCGGGUGUGUUACCUCGGCGACGUCACAUUCUGACGUUAUCGCCUCCAGAGAGAUAAACAGAAAGGCGUUUAAUUCGCCAAAAUUCACCCAUUUAGAGUUCGGAAAUCGGUUAAAAAAAUAGAUGGUCUUUUUUCUGCACCAUCAAGGUAUAUAUUGACGCCUACAUAGGUCUGGUGAUAAUGUUCCCCUUUAAUUUUUAUGUCCCCCCCGUGUUUUGUACCUUUGCUGCUUUUGCACUACAGGGUCCGUUUUUUUAAGACAGCCCCUUAAAUCGAGUCGAGUCAAAGCUAACACAUUUAUUCUAGUUCAUCCUCAAUAAAUCAUUAGCUAGCAUUAAAAAAAAACACUUCAUUCAAUGCGGAUGUUACCAAUGUAGUAUUUUUUUAUUUUUUUUAUUUUCAUGUAAUCCUACGUAUCGAAGAAAUGCUGCCAUCUAGCGGCCGCCUAUUGAACUGCACACAGGUCUGCACUAAUAUAUACGUGGACGGAGAAAAAGCCUUAGAGAUUAUUAAAUUACGACGCAAAGAUGACGCAGUAUUGUCCUUAUUUUGAAGUUUUAUUAUUAUUUUUAUUCAUUGAACGAAUUGCGAAAGAUUUAGCAACACAGCUCUGUUCCAUAGUAAAGCGUCACCGUCAUCUUUCGGGAAUGUAAACAAUGAAACACCGGCUGUGUUUGUGUUGCUAAAGGCGGCCGCAAUACACCGCUUCCCACCUACAGCUUUCUUCUUUGACGUCUCCAUUAUUAGUUGAACAAAUUGCAAAAGAUUCAGCAACACAGAAGUCCAGAAUACUGUGGAAUUAUGCGAUGAAAAGAGGCGACUUAUAGCUGGGAACGGUGCUGGACAGAAAUGUCCUCUACAAUGCGUGACGUUUUAGUAUGAUACUUCCGCGCAAAUUUUAAAAUUGCAAUUUAGUAAACUAAAGCGGCCGUAUUGGCAUGUGUUGCAAUGUUAAUAUUUCAUCAUUGAUAUAUAAACUAUCAGACUAGUAGUGGCUUUCAGUAGGCCUUUAACGACGUUAAUGAUUUUUUUUUUGGGCCCAAAGAUUCCACGUCCCAAAAGAGCGUUUGAAUGUCGUUACGACAAAUGCUGUCUACUGAUUGAUGCUCUUUCAGCGCCGUGGCCACGCCCACUUUUACACUCCAAACCAGGGGUCGGGAACCUUUUUGGCUGAGAGAGCCAAAAAGCCAAAUAUUUUAAAAUAUAUUUCCGUAAGAGCCAUAUAAUAUUUUUUUUAACACUGAACACAACUAAACACGUGCAUUUCUAGAGUAUAAUAAGUCUCUUAUUCUUUGUAAUAACAUUGUUAUUCUGAAGCUAACUGUGGAGGGGACGUGGCCUGCGGGCCUGCAGCGACAGGUCCGUAGAUGGCCCAGCUGGGCCUUGUUAUCUAAUCACCUGUCGCUCUGUUAUAAGCGGCAGCCAGGAGGAGAGACUGGGUUGGGGCUGGAAAAACUAUUUCUGGAAACGUAUUGAAAAAUAAAACAAUUUUGUAACCCUGAAACAGGCUCUCAUGUCGGUGCUUGGGGGUCUGAAGAACCCCCAGGAGGGCAAGCCCCACACUAACCAAUAAUAAAUAAAUAACUUCUUACCAGUAACGCAACUUCUUGAACAAGUGCGGUAGAAAAUGGAUGGAUGGAUUAAAAAUGCAUGAGAAUGUUUUGUAAUUUUAACAUUAUUUUUAACACUGUGAAUACAAGUGGAAUUAUUCAUUACGUAUCGUGUUAAGCAACGUCAGGUCAGAUUUAUCAGAGAGCCAGAUGCAGUCAUCAAUGUGUUGAAAAUGAAAAUGGCGGCUGUGUUACCUCGGCGACGUCACAUUCUGACGUCAUCCCCUACAGAGCGAUAAACAGAAAGGCGUUUAAUUCGCCAACAUCCCGUUCUUCUUUGCGGAUGUCUACAACAAAUCCAAGAAGGAUAUGUUCCCGGAUUCGGAGAUAGCUUGCCAGUACGCAAAUGGCACAACAAAAAUUACUCAAAUAGUGAAAGCUAAGUGUUGUUGUUUUUUUUUUGAGUAACCAGCAAGCACAGUACAGUUUGUAGAAUAACUGUUUUUAUUACUGUGUAUUUGAUAGGUGCUGUCGGAAAUUCAACAGGAGUCCUUUGCCAUGGGCCAAGGACCCUAUUGAAACUGCUGUGUUUUAUUAUUAUUCCGCACCUACGCGCUGUAAUUUGACCCCCUUAACAUGCUUCAAAACUCACCAAAUAUGACACACACGUCGGUAUAGCAAACCUUCCCAACAUAUUAAGCAACCAAUCCCCCAAAAUGAAAAUUGCGCUCUAGCGCCCCCUAGGAAACAAUUACAGACAAAACUGCAUGUAACUUCUGUUAGGAAUGUCAUAGCGACAUGAAACAAAAACUCCUAUAUAGGUCUGACUUAGACCCAAUUUUCAUACACUCACUUCUUUCAGCAAAAAUCUACAGGAAGUUGGCAAAAACCCCUUCAAAAUGCAAUUUUCGCAAAAAAUGCAAUUUUUGCCUCUUUGCGCUGUAAUUUGACCCCUUUAAAAUGCUUCAAAAGUCACCAAACUUGGCGCACACAUAAGGACUGGCGAAUAUUGCGAUCUAAUGAAAAAAACCAAACCCCAAAACUCAAAAUUGCGCUCUAGCGCUAUUUUUGAAUAAAACACUGAAAAAACUGCUCCUAGGAAGAAAACACAGACAAAACUGCUUGUAACUUCCGGUAAGAAUGUCGGAGAGACAUGAAACAAAAACCUCUAUGUAGGUCUCGCUUAGACCUACAUUUCAUAGAUUGACAACCCCCAACAAAAAUCAACAGGAAGUUUGCAAAACAAAAGUUUUGUAAAAACCGAUCACCUUUCUUCAAACAUUAUUUCCUCUGAGUGCGUUUGUUGUUUUGGCUUCAAACUCUCACAGGAGAGAGAUUGAACCCUUCUGAUUAAAAGUAUAGAACAGAGUUUUGAUAAGUUCUCUGGUUUUGAUUUUACGCGCCUUCAGAGAACCCCUGCGCAAAGUCUCCUAAAAAAUGUCAUUUUUGCCUCUUUGAGCUGUUAUUUGACCCCCUUAAAAUGCUUCUAAACUCAACAAACUUGACACACACAUCAGGUCUGGCAAAAAUUGCGAUCUGAUGAAAAAAUCUAACCUCAAAACUCAAAAUUGCGUUCUACCGCCCCCCUAGGAAUACAACACGGACAAACUGCUCCUAGGAAGAAAACACAGACAAAACUGCUUGUAACUUCCGGUAAGAAUGACGGAGAGACAUGAAACAAAAACCUCUAUGUAGGUCUCGCUUAGACCUACAUUUCAUAGAUUGACAACCCCCAACAAAAAUCAACAGGAAGUUUGCAAUCCCCCCUUCAAAACAAAAGUUUUGGAAAAACUGGUCACCUUUCUUCAAACAUUAUCUCCUCUGAGUGCGUUUGUUGUUUUGGCUUCAAACUCGCACAGGAGAGAGAUUGAACCCUUCUGAUUAAAAGUAUUGAACAGAGUUUUGAUUUUACGCCCCUGUGCAAAGUCUCCUAAAAAAUGUCAUUUUUGCCUCUUUGAGCUGUUAUUUGACCCCCUUAAAAUGCUUCUAAACUCACCAAACUUGACACACACAUCAGGUCUGGCAAAAAUUGCGAUCUGAUGAAAAAAUCUAACCUCAAAACUCAAAAUUGCGCUCUACCGCCCCCCUAGGAAUACAACACGGACAAACUGCUCCUAGGAAGAAAACACAGACAAAACUGCUUGUAACUUCCGGUAAGAAUAUCGGAGAGACAUGAAACAAAAACCUCUAUGUAGGUCUCGCUUAGACCUACAUUUCAUAGAUUGACAACCCCCAACAAAAAUCAAUAGGAAGUUUGCAAUCCCCCCCUUCAAAACAAAAGUUUUGUAAAAACCGGUCACCUUUCUCCAAACAUUAUUUCCUCUGAGUGCGUUUGUUGUUUUGGCUUCAAACUCGCACAGGAGAGAGAUUGAACCCUUCUGAUUAAAAGUAUAGAACAGAGUUUUGAUUUUACGCCCCUGUGCUAAGUCUCCUAAAAACUUCAUUUUUGCCUCUUUGAGCUGUUAUUUGACCCCCUUAAAAUGCUUCUAAACUCACCAAACUUGACACACACAUCAGGUCUGGCAAAAAUUGCGAUCUGAUGAAAAAACCUAACCUCAAAACUCAAAGUUGCGCUCUAACACCCCCCUAGGAAUACAACACGGACAAACUGCUCCUAGGAAGAAAACACAGACAAAACUGCUUGUAACUUCCGGUAGGAAUGUCAGAGAGACAUGAAACAAAAAACACUAUGUAGGUCUCACUUAGACCUACAUUUUAAUUGUUAACAUACUUUAGCAAAAAUCAACAGGAAGUUUGAUAUUUUCACUUCAAUACAACAACUGCAUUACUUUCACAAUGCAUUAGAUUCUCAAAAUAGUGGCUCCAAGGCGUCUUCUAACGCUUGUGGGUCUCGGGGGCAGCAGCCAAAGGCGGACCCGACCAACGCUGCUUGCAGCUUUAAUUAGAAUUAUUAUUAUUAUUAUCAUCACCAUGAGCACUUUAAUUGUUCACUCCAGCUAACGUGUGAUAUUAAUCAUUUUAUGCGGAAGUUUUUUUUCUUUUUUACAAGCGCUAUAAAUGUAUUUUAACGUAUUUCCUCAAAUUGUGACGUCACUUUAAUAAACACAAAGUCCUACUUAGUCUGCCAAAGCUAUUCUUUGUCAUAAUUGUACAAAACCCGUCAAGUUGUCCCGUUGUAUAAAUGGUAAAUAAAAACAAAUUACAAUGAUUUGCAAAUCCUUUUCAACUUAUAUUCAAUUAAAUAGACUGCAAAGACAAGAUAUUUAACAUUCCAACUGAGAAACUUCAUUAUUUGUUGGCAAAUAAUCAUUAACUUAGAAUUUAAUGGCAGCAACACGUUGCAAAAAAAGUUGUCACAGGGUCAUUUUUACCACUUUCCUUUUAACAACACUCAAAAAACCUUUAGGAACUGAGGAGACACAUUUUUGAAACUUUUCAGGUGGAAUUCUUUCCCAUUCUUUCUUGAUGUACAUCUUAAGUUGUUCAACAGUUUUAGGCUUUUUAUUGCACCACACAUUUUUAAUGGGAGACAGGUCUGGACUACAGGGCAGGCCCGUCUAGUACCUGCAGUCUUUUACUAAAAAGCCACGCUGUUGUAACACGUGGCUUGGCAUCGUCUUGCUGAAAUAAGCAGGGGCGUCCAUGAUAACGCUGCUUGGAUGGCAACAUAUGUUGCAUUAAUGGUGCCUUCACAGAUUUGUAAGUUUCCCAUGCCUUUGGGCACUAACACACCCCCAUACCGUCACAGAUGCCGGCUUUUGAACUUUACGCCUAGACCAAUCCGGAUGGUUCUCUUCUCUUUCUAAAAAAAAAUAAAAAGUGGACUCGUCAGACCACAGAACACUUUUCCAGUUUGCAUCAGUCCAUCUCAGAUAAGUUCGGGCAGAGCGAAGCUGGCGGCGUUUCUGGGUGUUGUUGAUAAAUGGCUUUGGCUUUGCUUUUGCUUAGUAAAGUAAAGUUAAAGUACCAAUGAUAGUCACACACACUAGGUGUGGCGAAAUUAUUUUCUGCAUUUGACCCACCCCCCUUGAUCACCUCCUGGGAGGUGAGGGGAGCAGUUAGCAGCAGCGGUGCCGCGCCUGGGAAUAAUUUUAUGGUGAUUUAACCCCCAAUUCCAGAUGAUAGAUGAGUUCGGGCAGAGCGAAGCUGGCGGCGUUUCUGGGUGUUGUUGAUAAAUGGCUUUGACUUUGGUAAGUAAAGUAAAGUUAAAGUACCAAUGAUAGUCACACACACACUAAGUGUGGCGAAAUUAUUUUCUGCAUUUGACCCAUCCCCCUUGGUCACCCCCUGGGAGGUGAGGGGAGCAGUGAGCAGCCUGGGAAUCAUUUUAAGGUGAUUUAACCCCCAAUUCCGACCCUUGAUGCUGAGUGCCAAGCAGGGAGGCAAUGUGUCCCAUUUUUUUUAUAGUCUUUGGUAUGACUCGGCCAGGGUUUGAACUCACGACCUACCGAUCUCAGGGCGGACACUCUAACCACUAGGCCAAUUUUCCAGUUUGCAUCAGUCCACCUUCGAUGAGUUCGGGCAGAGCGAAGCUGGCGGCGUUUCUGGGUGUUGUUGAUAAAUGGCUUUGGUUUUGCUUAGUAAAGUAAAGUUAAAGUACCAAUGAUAGUCACACACACACUAGGUGUGGCGGAAUUAUUUUCUGCAUGUGACCCAUCACCCUUGAUCAACCCCUGGGAUGUGAGGGGAGCAGUGAGCAGCAGCGGUGCCGCGCCUGGGAAUCCUUUUAUGGUGAUUUAACCCCCAAUUCCAACCCUUGAUGCUGAGUGCCAAGCAGGGAGGUAAUGUGUCCCAUUUUUUUAAUAGUCUUUGGUAUGACUCGGCCAGGGUUUGAACUCACGACCUACCGAUCUCAUGGCGUACACUCUAACCACUAGGCCACUUUUACAGUUUGCAUCAGUCCACCUUAGAUGAGUUCGGGCUGAGCGAAGCCGGCGGUGUUUCUGGGUGUUGUUGAUAAAUGGCUUUGGCUUUGCUUAGUAAAGUAAAGUUAAAGUACCAAUGAUAGUCACACACACAUUGGUGUGGCGAAGUUAUUUUCUGCAUUUGACCCAUCACCCUUGAUCAACCCCUGGGAGGUGAGGGGAGCAGUGAGCAGUAGCGGUGCCGCGCCUGGGAAUCCUUUUAUGGUGAUUUAACCCCCAAUUCCAACCCUUAAUGCUGAGUGCCAAGCAGGGAGGCAAUGUGUCCCAUUUUUUUAUAGUCUUUGGUAUGACUCGGCCAGGGUUUGAACUCACGACCUACCGAUCUCAUGGCGGACACUCUAACCACUAGGCCACUUUUCCAGUUUGCAUCAGUCCACCUUAGAUGAGUUUGGGCUGAGCGAAGCCGGCGGUGUUUCUGGGUGUUGUUGAUAAAUGGCUUUGGCUUUGCUUAGUAAAGUUAAGUUAAAGUUAAAGUACCAAUGAUUGUCACACACACUAAGUGUGGUGAAAUUAUUUUCUGCAUUUGACCCACCCCCCUUGAUGUCCCCCUGGGAGGUGAGGGGAGCAGUGAGCAGCAGCGGUGUCGCGACUGGGAAUCAUUUUAUGGUGAUUUAACCCCCAAUUCCAACCCUUGAUGCUGAGUGCCAAGCAGGGAGGCAAUGUGUCCCAUUUUUUUUAUAGUCUUCGGUAUGACUCGGCCAAGGUUUGAACUCACGACCUACCGAUCUCAUGGCGGACACUCUAACCACUAGGCCACUUUUCCAGUUUGCAUCAGUCCACUUUAGAUGAGUUCGGGCAGAACGAAGCUGGCGGCGUUUCUGGGUGUUGUUGAUAAAUGGCUUUGGCUUUGCUUAGUAAAGUAAAGUUAAAGUACCAAUGAUAGUCACACACACACUAGAUGUGGCAAAAUUAUUUUCUGCAUGUGACCCAUCACCCUUGAUCACCCCCUGGGAGGUGAAGGGAGCAGUGAGCAGCAGCGGUGCCGCGUCCGGGAAUCACGUUUUGGUGAUUUAACCCCCAAUUCCAAACGUUGAUGCUGAGUGCCAAGCAGGGAGAUAAUGGCUCCCAUUUUUAUAGUCUUUGGUAUGACUCGGCCGGGGUUUGAACUCCCAACCUACCAAUGCCAGAGCGGACACUCUAACCACUAGGCCACUGAGUAGGUUUUAGUAGAGUUUUAACUCGCACUUACAGAUGUAGCGACCGACUGUAGUUACCGACAGUGGUUUUCUGAAGUGUUCCUGAGCCCCGUGCGGUGAUAUCCUUUACACACUGAUGUCGGUUUGAAGGUCUCGGGCCAGUGAUUUCUCCAGAUUCUCUGAACCUUUUGAAGGUAUUGAUGAAAUCCCUAAAUUCCUUGCAAUAGCUGAUGGAGAAAUGUAAUUCUUAAACCUGUUGUACAAUUCGCUCCGCGCCCCGUCCUUGUUUGUGAAUGACUGAGCAUUUCACGGAAGGGGCUUUUAUACCCAAUCAUGGCACCCACCUGUUCCCAGUCAACCCGUUCACCUGUGGGAUGUGUCCGAAUAAGUGUUUGACGAGCAUUCCUCGACUUUCUCAGUCUUUUUUGCCACUUGUGUCAGCUUUUUUGAAUACAUGUUGCAGGCAUCCAAUUCCAAAUGAGCUAAUAUUUGCAAAAAAACACAAAGUUUGCCAGUUCGAAAGUUAAAUAUCUCGUCUUUGCAGUCUAUUUUAAUUGAAUAUAAGUUGAAAAGGAUUUUCAAAUCAUUGUAUUUGGUUUUUACAACGUGACAACUUCACUGCUUUCGGGUUUUGUAUGUUGUCGUAUAAAUCACUCCAAUCAUCAUUUUGGAAACUAUACUUUUACUAAAAAACAACUACUAAUACAACGAUAACAGACGGCUGGUGCUCUCUGCAGUUGAGUAUAGUACAGUGUGUGGAGGUGGAUGGAGCACAAGUAAUAAAGGUGGAGAAUAUAUGGGACGGAACGUAAAUAUGUCUGCUCAAUCGUAUUUUUAUGGGCUGUAAAGCAAAGAGAAGGGACAUUUUGCACAGAUUUUAUAUAUUUUGAUUAGCACGAUUCGCUAAUGCUAAGGCGGACCUGCCCGUCAAGUGCAGAAAUUCAAAAGGUAAAAAAUUUCAGUGGUUGAAUUCCCUGUACUUGCUGAUUGUUGACAUAAAUGUUGUUGUUUUCAACACGAGGGCUGACUACUACUUCUAAUAAUAAUAAUAAUAAUAAUAAUAAUAACAAUAAUAAUGUUAGCUUUCCAAGCCCACACAUGACCUACAGUCGUGCGCAUAAGUUUACGUACCCUGGGAGAUUUUAUGAUUUCUUGGCCAGAAAAAAAUGGGCUGCAUGGUCGAGUCGCCCGAAGAAAGCCAUUUCCACGCAAAUGUCACAAAAUAUCCCGCUUACAUUACGCCAACCUCAAAACUUCUGGAACAAAGUCAUUUGGAGUGAUGGCUUUCUUCUGGCCACUUGACCAUGCAGCCCAUUUUUCUUAUUGUGCAUCUUAAAACAGCCACACAAUUUUAUUUGUGGAUUUUUCUUUUUGCAUGUCGAACAAUUUUCCUGGAAGUUGUCGCCGAAAUCUCUGCGGGUCCACGUCAAUCCCUCAUUUUCCACUUCUUAAUCAGUUUUUGAACACUGCUGAUUGGCAUUCUCAAUUCCUCGGAUAUCUGUUUUAUGCGGUUCAAUAACCUUUUCUCACAGAUCCUUUGCAAAUUCUUUUGCCUUCCCUAUGACUCAGAAUCCAGAAACAUCUGUACAUGUUAUCAGAUCAAAUUCACUGGGGUAUGUCAAAUUUUAAUCAGGGUCAUUUGGGUACUUUCUUUUGUCAUUUUGAUUUAAAAAGGGUAAAUUGUUUGCCAUUAAAUAGCUUCACACAACCAUUAAGCAUGAGUGGAAGAAAGGUUUUUGUGUUAUCAUUCAUAUUCUCUGAAGAAUGGCCAAGAAAUCAUAAAUUCUCUUAUGAGCCCGACUGUAUUUAUGACAAUUGUCUUUUGCCCUUAUAUGGUGUUGCCGACUUAGCGUGUAGCGCCUGUCAUUUCAUCAUUAAACGCUCGAGAAAUGUU